AUGGCAAGUGCAUAUGGAGGACACGCUACGCUGCCAACAGUUUCUGCUAGCGCGGAAGUUAAUUCCUGCAGUGGUCUAUCCCUAACAAACAAUACAACUCUAACUGUCCCGCCGCCGUCUAAUCAAAACGGUCAUCAAAAUAACAACAGCAACAACAACAGCAGUAGCCACAGCCACAGCUCAAGCUUAAGGCAACAAGAUGAACAAAUGCAUUUGGUGGAAGCGGAACACAGUACAACCUCGCCGUUAAUGGGGCAACAACAACAACAGCGUUUGCAACAAAAUGAUUUGCUAAAUAGUAAUAAUCAUUCACAACAACAACACUUACACUCAGGUAUUUCUGUAACAGAAAACUUAACAAACGGCGAAGGACGUGUUAUGCAGAGCUUUACAAUAAAUUCUCUUAAUGGACGCUGUAGUCCAACGGCAUCGGGUUCUUCCGGUGGAGGCAGUCGUUCAUCGGCUCAUUCCCUACCCUCACAUUCGCCAGCAUUACACCUUAGCAGUCAUAAUGCACAGUUAACGGCGGCCGCCUAUCAAACACAUCAGGGAUCUUUAGAUGCCUGUGGUCCAACUACGGUUGUAACAUCGGCUGCCAUAAUGGGUCGUCUAACGGCCGGCUGUGUGGAUACAUUGGGUAAUGCUGGUUCUAAUGCCGCCAACACCGGUUUCAAUACGAUCGAUGGCUGUAGCAAUGAUACCUUAUCCUUACUACAGCAUCAUCAUCAUCACCACCAUGCCCCCAGCCAUCAUUUCUCUUAUUCUACUCUUACACCUCCCCAUCAUCAUCAUCAUCCCCUCCACCACCAUCCCCACAAUCAUCAUCAUCAUCCGCACGAUGCACCAGGACUGUUGGAUAUUUCCACUUUGUAAAAUACUUGAAAACAAAAAAAAAAAAUAAACUAAAACAAAUAUUGUAAUUUAAUUUUAAUUAAAUUAAUAGUUUUGGCGUUAGUUGUAAAUGAAGUAAAAAUACAAAUAAACAAAAAAAAACUCGUUAAUUAAACGUAAAAACGACAGAUACAAAUUUGUCAUGUGUAAAUUUAAAAGAAAACAAAUAUUAAAGUAAUUUAAAUUAAAUAAAAAUAAAAUAGUAAUUAUACGCUACUAAAAGUAAAUAUUAACGUUAAAAAACAGAAAAACAGAAAUAUAGUUAAAGUAACACAAAAAUAUAUAUAUAAAAUAAAUAAGUAUAAAAAUAUAAAAUAAUUAAAAAAAAACAGCAAAGAAAUUUAGCCGUUAUAGAGAGUAUCAUACACCAAAAAACCUCAUAAUUUCCUUUAAUUUUCUUUUUUGUUGGAAAAAAGUUUUAGAGCAGAAAAAAGUGUUACUGACAGAUAGACAGACAGUUUUUAAGUUAUACAAUUCAAGUGAAUUUGUCUCCCUCUCUCUCUCUAACUAUCUAUUGAUUUGCAUUUGAAACACACACACAACAUUCCGCCUCAUAGCUGCAUUCUUGAAAACUUUUAGAUAUUUAAAAUUAUUUAAAAAAAAUAAGAAAAUUAAAUUUAUAAACUUAAAAAAAAUAAACAAA